AUGGUACUCAAAUACGGUGGAGACCAAACUGCCGUCGAACUGCGUGGCUCGUCUUUGGUCCCCGCCGUGACGGCCAUGCGACAUCUCAGACGCUGUCAACUCGUUCACAGCCAGCAUUUACUCGUAAAAAAUACUCAACGACACGCAUUUAUCGCGACAAAGCCCUGGUUUGUCGACGAGCAAGAAGCUGAACCAGCGGUACAAGUCUCAAAACAGCAGCAAACUCCCAUCAAACCACCACCAGAAGAUGCUCCUAAACAUGUUACACGUGCAUAUUGGUUUCUUGCUCACUCCCCGCUCAUCGAACCAACCUCUGUGAACGUCGGUUCACCCGUGCCAGCGGAGGAACAGCCAGACGGAGAUCUUCCACUUCCACUGUUGAAAAAAGCUGCAAGGUCAAGAGGAAAUAAUAAAAUCCGGGGCUAUGGAAGGGGCGUCGGUGAAGGCCUUGGACAUGGAGUUUACCAGUGGGAGCUUACUGCACAAGUCAAAGAAGGUGCUGAAGCUCGAGGUGCCGUGGAGAGCGUAGCAGCUUCACUCCGAAAUACGCUCAAGAAGGAAUUCCCCAAACUAUCUAUUCCACCUAAAUCCGCACACAAAGACCAACGAGACGGCUGGUCAAUGAUCGACAUGGGGUCGAGCGUUGUUCACAUCUUCAGUCGGAGAGCAUGGUACAAAUCCCUACGGGCUUCUACGUCCGGGACUACUCUACGACAGUUUUCUGCUUCUGCAGUCUCCAGAGGUCUCGUCGGUUCGAGACCUGCAAAGGCGCAAGAGGUCAAGUCCUGGCAAAAGGCUUUCGAGGGCAAAUAUCCGCUCGUUGAACACGAAUAUGACGCUAUCGUCGUUGGUGCUGGAGGAGCCGGUUUACGUGCUGCAUUCGGACUGGCAGAAGCCGGUCUCAAUACCGCAUGCAUAACCAAACUCUACCCGACAAGAAGUCACACUGUUGCUGCGCAGGGAGGUGUCAAUGCCGCGCUAGGAAACAUGACAGAGGACGACUGGCGGUGGCACAUGUACGAUACGGUAAAAGGUUCAGACUGGCUCGGUGAUCAAGACGCAAUCCACUACAUGACUCGGGAGGCACCAAACACCGUCUACGAGCUCGAACGGUUCGGGGUUCCGUUCUCCCGCACAAAGGAGGGCAAGAUUUACCAGCGCGCAUUCGGUGGUCAAUCGCUUAAAUUUGGGAAAGGAGGUCAGGCAUAUCGUUGUGCAGCCGCUGCAGACCGUACCGGCCAUGCUAUCCUUCACACCCUCUACGGCCAAUCCCUCCGUCACAAUACCAACUUUUUCAUGGAGUAUUUCGCCCUCGAUCUCAUCAUGCACGACGGUGAAUGCGUCGGUGUGAUGGCUAUCAACCUCGAGGAUGGAACGCUUCAUCGUUUCCGCGCUCACAAGACUGUCCUCGCCACCGGUGGGUACGGGCGUGCGUACUUCUCGUGUACCAGUGCGCAUACUUGCUCUGGUGAUGGAAAUGCCAUGGUCGCUCGUGCUGGAUUGCCUCUGCAGGACCUCGAGUUUGUGCAGUUCCACCCGACCGGUAUCUACGGUGCCGGAUGUUUGAUCACAGAGGGUUCUCGAGGUGAGGGAGGAUACCUCCUCAACUCAGAGGGCGAGCGGUUCAUGGAGAGAUAUGCGCCAACUGCAAAGGAUUUGGCGUCUCGUGAUGUCGUCUCACGCUCCAUGACCUUGGAGAUUCGCGAGGGACGUGGUGUUGGUCCUGAAAAGGAUCACAUUUACCUCCAACUCAGCCACCUUCCUCCCGAGAUCCUCCACGAGAGGCUUCCUGGUAUCUCGGAGACGGCCGCCAUUUUCUCUGGAGUCGAUGUCACCAAAGAGCCAAUUCCGGUCCUUCCAACUGUCCAUUACAACAUGGGUGGUAUUCCAACCAGGUACACCGGUGAAGUCAUCACCAUUGAUGAAAAUGGCAAGGACAAGAUCGUCCCGGGUCUCUAUGCCGCUGGAGAGGCUGCUUGCGUGUCCGUGCACGGUGCUAACCGUCUUGGAGCCAAUUCGCUUCUUGACAUUGUCGUCUUUGGUCGUGCUUGUGCUCUUCACAUCAAGGAUAAUCUCGAACCAGGCAAGCCACACAAGGCUAUUCCCGAGGAGAGUGGAUUGAAGGCCGUCGAAGACCUCGACAAGAUUCGGACAUCAACUGGUCCCCUUCCAACAGCUCAGAUCCGCCUCAACAUGCAAAAGGCGAUGCAGAGUGAUGCCGCAGUCUUCCGCACGCAACAAAGCUUGGACGAGGGUGUCGAGAAGAUGAGGGAGAUUUAUGACAGCUUCGCAAACGUUGGAAUCUCGGACAGGAGUCUCAUUUGGAACUCGGAUUUGAUCGAGACCUUGGAGUUGCGCAACGUCUUGACUUGCGCAAUGCAGACAAUUGUCUCAGCUGCUGCCCGAAAGGAGAGCCGAGGCGCCCAUGCACGUGAAGACUUCCCAGAGCGUGAUGACGAAAACUGGAUGAAGCACACGCUCAGCUUCCAAAAAGAUUGCGACAAGCCAGAUGUCGACUUGAAGUACCGCAACGUGAUUGCGACGACGCUUGACGAAAAUGAGUGCAAGCCCGUUCCACCGUUUAAGCGUGUCUACUGA